CUUCUUUAUAAAACUCUCAACACCACAAGUUAAUCUCAUUCAGUUUCACAAAUUGAAGCAAUCAAUACCGAAAAAAUGAACAAAACGGUCGCAAUUGGAAGUUUGGCGAUUUUCUUCGUAAUCUUAAUUGCAUUACCAACACCAUCUGUAGCUUUUUGGCGUCCAUGCAAUUCAACAUUAAGACCACCAGAUCGUGUUGAGUCACCAGACUGCUCAACAGUCACCAACACAUGUCUUGUGCAACGUGGAGGAGUUAUGAGAGCUAGUGUCUUUAUUUCAUCACCAGGCUCACAUCAUGAAUUAUUGGUUGAAAGUUUUGUGUGGAUUUUCGGAGUUCGUGUAAGAUUACCAGCAGUUCCACCACAUGACAAUGGAUGCAACAGUUUGUAUGUCGGUGGUGUUCAACAAUUCUGUCCAACAACCCCAAAUGUUCAAUAUGAAUGGAGAGUUGAACAAGAAGUCCCAGCAAUUACUCCAGCAUUCCAAAAUUCAGUUGUUCAAUUCCAACUUUGGGAUCGCGGAUCCCUCGAAGGUUGCCUCGAAGUAACAGCAACUGUUGUGUAAAAACUUAGUAUAAAGACUCAUGGCUAUGACAAAAUUUUACGAGAGAUUAAAACAUUUUGGUUAAAUAACCCAAAAAAGAUUCUGGAAUGAAAAAUAAAAUUUAUUUUGUUUUUAGUUUUU